AUGCGUCUAUCAGCCAUCUUCCUCGUUGCAGCUCAAGUUGCCACCAUCGUUGCACAAGCUUCAUGCUUUUGCGAAUGCAACCGAACUCCCGAUGCCUCUGGCUGCGCCGCACUCCCGCGACCAGCAAGCGGAAACUGCGCCGAGCACCAUCUGUUUGAGUUUGAUUUUGAUUUGAUCAAAUCCUACUCGGUUUUGGCUGCUUUAGUUAGUGCGAUGCUUGGAGGAUGGUGGGGUUUGGCCGAUAGCUGUAGCACUCCAAGCUUUGUUCGGCUUGCGAUUCGAUUGUAUGUCGUCCAAGGAUUCUGA